AUGAGCGGACAACCAGGUAGUGUGGGCGGAGGGGGUAUCGGCGGAGGCGGAAUGGGCGGAGGAAGUAUGGGCGGAGGGAGCAUGAGCGGAGGGGGAAUGGGCGGGGGAGGGAUGGGUGGUGGAGGUAUGGGCGGAGGAGGCAUGAGCGGAGGAAGCAUGGGCGGAGGAAACAUGGGUGCAGGGGGAAUGGGCGGCGGAGGGAUGGGUGGCGGAGGAAACAUGGGCGGAGGGGGCAUGGGAGGCGGGGUAGGCAUGGGCGGAGGAGGCAUGGGCGGAGGAGGCAUGGGCGGAGGAAGCAUGGGCGGAGGAAGCAUGGGCGGAGGAAUCAUGGGCGGAGGAAGCAUGGGCGGGGGAAGCAUGGGCGCAGAGGGAAUGGGUGGCGGAGGAAACAUGGGCGGAGGGGGCAUGGGCGGAGGAAGCAUGGGCGGAGGAGGAGGCAUGGGGGGUGGGAGUGGGUCAUCGGGUGGGAGUGCGUGUGGCAACAGCAGCAGCAGCAGGAGCGCCAAGCUCACGAGCAGCAAUGGCAAGAGGGUGAUGGCGAGCAACGGGUGUCCAGAGUACGCAUGGCGGGUGCAGGCCACGCUGUACGCGCCACUGCAGCAGCAACUCUCCUUCUCUGUGCCGCUCGCCCCCACGCUCGCCUCCUCCCCCACUCCCGUCGCCCUCAACGGCACCUGCAAGAUGGGGCCCAUCGGCUUCGCCCUCAACGGCGUGCCCUUCUACAGUGCGUGUGACGCGCUGGGUCGGGACGCGCUGCAGUACGAGGGGGCCACGUUUGACGCGUGUGGGGGGCACCCCACGCCCUCGGGCCAGUACCACUAUCACGUCGCUCCCGGCCUCGCCAACCCCUCUGCCAUCUCCUCCUCUCGCUCCACCAGCUUCAAGCUCUGCAAUGCGUCCUUCUGGCAGGACGUGCCGGGGCAGCACUCGCCGCUGCUGGGCUUCCUGGCAGACGGCAUUCCACUGUUCGGCCCGCGCGGAGCGGGGGGAGCGCUGCCGGCAGGGCUGGACGAGUGUGGGGGGCACGUGGGCGACGGCAGGGGGGGCGAGCCGGCGUUCUACCACUACCACGCCAGCUCCACCGCGCUCUACACCGUCGCCUGCCUCAAGGGCUGCGUGUCUUCUUCUGACUGGGGCACCCUCGGCUCCGCCUCCUGCAGCAACGCCUCCAAGCAAUACGACUACUCGUCGCUGGCAGCAGUGCAGGCAGCAUGA